AUGGACUCGAGACGCGCCGAGACGCUCGAGGCGCUGUCUGCCUACAUACAGACUCAGAAAUCUCUGUUCAGUCGUGCAGAGGCCGACAUUGAGAGGCUCAGGAAGCUAAGGGCAGAUGCUAUUAGCCAGCCCAAGGCCUUCACCGAGAAUAUCGGUUCGAAGUUCCUUAGUCCUGGAUUAAGGUUGUCGGAACAGCAUGAGUGUUCUGUAUCCCCCCUUCCCAAUGAACUUCAUUGGCAGGUCUUCUCCUCGGGUGACCCCACGCCUUUACGAACUUUCGCGGUCCGAACGCGUUUAGCGCACACGGAGCGGAGCAUGCCGCAUACAACUCAACACUCCCCUCUUUCCGCCCUUCAACAAUUGGUCAAAGAUGCACGGCGAAUCAUCAUCGACCCCGUCCUGGGAAGCCUAGACCCCGAUAACGCACACUAUCUUACGUCUAAUUGUAAUCUUACUUCAUCUCCCUUUCAUACUAGUCUCCAUCUGCCUGCUUUAUCCGAGGACGAAGAUGUGGAGGAAGAGAAAGAAUCCAAAUCACCUCCUGUUCAAGAAUCCUUCGCAGCUGCACGCAGGCGUGAGCGUGCACGCGCGAAAAUACAGAAACUUAAAGAGAGGAGGAUUACAUAUCACGCCAUCGCUGAGAGUGGAGAGGUUUCUGACGCAGUAUUUGUCAGAAAUGAUGUUGAUGACGAAAGUGGAGAGGUUGAUAUCAGCGAAAGCAGCCUUUGGCCAUCAGGCAAAGACAGUACAUCCAUGGAUGUGGAUGAUUCCACAAAUACGACCGUCCCAUCUACCCCAUCUACACUGGCUCUACCAGAGCUUGCCCAGCCUUUAGCAUCAUGGUCCAGGAGACGCCCUGCGACUAUUAAUCGACGACAGUCCCUUGUCACACAGUCUGACAGCCUUAUUCGGUCUUCCCGUACGCGCAAACCAUCUGUCAAGCUCCAGCCUCAGUCGCUCGACAUCAACAUGGAGGCUAACGUCGAAUCCAUGACGAUCACCAUCCCUCCUCCCUUCACUCUCGGAAAACGCUCCCGUGACUCACCUGACGUCAAGAAUAUUAACCACAAACCAAAAGCCGAACCGUCGCCCUCUGCACCGGAACCAAAAAUAGACAUAGACAAACCAAGACCCGAAACUUAUAAACAGGCUUGGUCAGUAUCUGAACAGCACCUGCUGGAACGACUCCUCGAGGAGAUUCCAGAUGGUGAGCGGAAUCGAUGGGCGAAAAUCUCGCAAGCCAUGGGUGGGCGCCGGACACCACGCCAGGUUGCGAGUCGCGUUCAAAAGUAUUUUGAGAAGUUGAAACGCUUUGGUAUAGGCGUUGAAAAGAAAUCAAAAACAAGCUCUGGGAGUUAA